AUGCCAUACCCAGAUGUUGAAUCCGUUUCUUCUUCAAACAAUCGACUUAUCACCGAGGAGCUAGAUUACGACAUUCCCGUUAUAAAGAAUGACUAUGAUCGUAUGUUUCUUUCAUUAACAAAUGAGCAACGUAACAUUUUGCUAAACAUCAUGAGUGCUAUUCAAGAAAAUAAAGGAGGUGUCUUCUUUGUUUACGGUUAUGGUGCAACGGGUAAAACUUUUUUAUGGAAAACAAUAUCUGCAGCAAUUAGAUCUAAAGGUAAUAUUGUCUUAAAUGUUGCUUCAAGCGGUAUUGCUUCCUUAUUAUUACUCGGUGGUAGAACAGCACGCUCUCGAUUUAUAGUUCCGUUUGAACUUACAAAGGAUUCUUUUUGUAAAAUAAAUCCAGACGGGAAAGUUAUUGUCUUUGGAGGAGAUUUUAGACAGAUUCUACCUGUUGUUCCGAGUGGCAGUAGACAGAACAUUGUAAAUGCUUCUUUGAGUUCUUCGUAUUUAUGGCAACAUUGCAAAGUCCAUAGAUUAACAAAAAACAUGAGGCUAACUGUUGGAAGGAAUCAAUCUGAUAUAGUAAAAAUAAGAGAUUUUGCAAAUUGGCUUUUGGAUAUAAGAGAAGGCAAACUUGGUGGUCCGAACGACGGUGAAACAAUUAUCAAUAUUCCGUAUGAUAUUCUCAUUAAUGAUUCACUUGAUCCUAUAGGUUCUUUAAUUGAGUUUGUAUAUCCUUCAAUUUUAGAGAACUAUAGCGAUAUAAAUUAUUUCCAAGAAAGAGCGAUACUUGCUCCAAAAAAUGAAGUUGUCUAG